GAAAGCUCGCGCGCUCCCUCAGUACGCCGGAGAAGUCCGAACAUGUCGUCGGCGGAAGGUGUUAACCAGAACCCUAGCAAAUGGCGAUUCACCUGGGAAGCCCAAUCACACCACCCCACUCUCAAGCUGUUCCUCUUCAAUCCCUUCACGAAUCCUAAGCACCAAUGCCGCGACCUGAAAGCUGAUCUGAAUCCCACGAGUAGUGUGGUUCAGGUGAGCUACGCCACUGACACCACCGGAGAAGAAGUCUCCCUGGGGGCUCCGGUGCCUAAGGUCCUGAUAGAUUACGAGUGUCCGUUGAGUUUCAGAGCCCUGGACGACCACAUUGAGGUCAAGGUCGUGCUCCUUCUCCCGGUGGACCACCCGCUGGUCUCCAACUUCGACGAGGUGCUGAGUUUAGCCGGAGACGGAGGAGGAAAGCUGCAAUCGGAUGAUUCGGAGCCUCUUUCAAUGGCCACCGAUGCAGAGUCUCUGUCUGCUAAUGGAGGAGUGGACUUCUAUUGCAGAAGUUGUUCUAGCAAGCUCACGAGGAGUCCUAUCAGACAAUUUGUGGAGAUGCCAUCAGUUAAUUGGCAAGAGGCAGCAGACAACUGGUUUGGGAGCUGCUGUUGUUCAUUUGGAGGUGUCAGCGAGAAACUGGUUGCGAGGUAUGCUAAGUCCUACACGGCUUUGAAGGGAAGGUGCUUGUUGGAUCAUUCUGCGGUCAUCGUUUGCAAGGACGAUUUCUUGGGUUGUCAAUUUCCAGAAUGUGAUGGAUCCCAAGUAUGUGAAAUUUCACCAAAAUCAGACCUUCCAUUUGUAGCUAUUGGACAAGAAGUGAAGGAUCAUUCUUUGUGCUGUCAACUUCCAGCAUCGGAUAGUGAAUCAGCUCAGAUUGGGAAAUCAGAAAUUGGACAUUGUUGUGACAUGAGUCACUCAAUGAAUUCUGAAGUCUGUGAUUAUCCGUGUGAUGUAUCUGAACACAAGCAUCGAUGCCUGGAACCUGUGAAAGAAACUGAACUCGGGGAAAACCAGAAGUCCUUUCUAAAUGGCUUCCUUGGGAAUGUUUUCAUGGCAAAAUCUUACAAUCUAUCAGCAACUGUAGAGUGGGUGGAGUUUGCGUGUCCCUAUUGUUCAGCACUUCUUGGAGCUUAUCCUUCCUCUGAUGGGGGUGGACCUCUUGAUGGUGGAGUUAGGUUGUACAAAUGUCUCAUAUCCACUGACCUGCCAGUUUUGGGAUCAAAUGACAUAUUCAGGAAAUAUACCUUGGAGAAAAUGUUUGCAAAUCAAAUUCUGCAAAAUGCGAAGGAUGAACUGUCAUUCCGAACUGUAAUUAAAGAUUUGAGGACCAGAUGCCCGGUGGUGCAAAUAAUAUUACUAAAUCCAAAUUCCUGGUACUGUAGCAAUUACUGCUUGGACACUGGUAGUCUUGUGGAGCCAUCUUUGAAGGUGUCUCUUCGACCUGCCAUUAAGGUGCUGUUCUGUGGUAGUAGGAACGACACACAAUUUCAGCAGGGAAAGAUUGAACAAUGGUCUGGAAAACAUGGAGCUGAUGAAGUGUUCAUGUUGCCGCGCCAAAUAGAAGCUUUGGUCGACUAUCUGGUUUCAGCAAGAGAGUUGUUCCCUCCUUCGUUUACUGUACUAGAAGGUUUUAAUUUGUCAUGCAUGCAGAGGUAGGCAUGGCCCUGCACUGAGCUUGCAUCGUUUCUGGAGGGUAUCUGAUAAAUUGGAGAAGAUGAAAUUUAUUGAGACUGAUAGCUUCCUAACAUUUGAAGAAGGAAUGAUUAUUGCCAAAAUUAGGGACUAUAUGGCUUCGCAUAGUAAAAAUGACAUUGCACGAGUUAUUCCGAGCCAUGUUCGUCUUAAUGGAAGUGCAGACUUGCCGACUUUCUCCACUGAUGAAUUGGGAGAGAAUUGGAUCGGGUUAUAUAAUUCUACCGAAGAAAUAGAGGGAUGGUAAUUCAUUCGGCAGAUGAUCCGACUUGAUUCGUUGUCCCUUCCAAUCAAUCCAUUGGUAAUGGUGCCCUGUAUCUAGUACCAUUUUUGCGAUUUUAGCUCAAAGUGGCUUGUGUGGGCUAAUUUUCUUCAUAUUGAGCCAUCUCAUGCCUAAUUUGGCGACGAGUCUCUUGUUUCUGUGGAAUGGUGAAUAUUAUUCCGAUACGGAGAUGCCUUUGUGGUUGAUCUUCCGUUGGCUUUUCGAAAGGACCUGAUGCAUGAGAACAACUUCAAGACUUGUUAUGAUUUCACGCUAACCAAGCCCAGCUUCUUAUAUGUGCAGUAAUUAUGUUGGUGUAUUAUCAUUAUGGUCUAAUUCUUCUGUUAUAUGUAAAGGAGAAGCUAGAGAGAUCAGUUGCUUGCUCAUGUAGAUGAUCUUCUCUUUUAUUUAUGAGUAAAAGAUUUCAUUGUUAACUGA